GACGUCACGCACACAUAUAGACCAACACAAACGCAACCAUUAGGCCCAGCCACACAGCCACACAUUACGUCAAUAUGGCAAUCUGUCAAACCGCCAAUUACAACAAUAGUAGCAGCAAAAAAUUGCCAUUUCAUCAAUAUUUUAGGCAUUUCUUCAAUACAUAAAUAGUAUUUGCUUUAUUGAGAUUUUAAUUGCAAUCAAGAUAAGCAAAACAAUAACAAAAUGCACCACCAACCCGCCCAUACACAGCCCCAUCCGCCCCCGCAUAGCAUCCGACUCAUGUCAGGGGCCGAGGAGAAUCGUCAGUAUUUGCGAACGUUCAUCCAAAUGUACAAAGAUCUGCCCGUACUGUGGGACACCUCACUGCGGGACUACACGAAUCGAGAAAAACGAGCGGAGGCCUAUCAACGAUUGGUACCAAUCUAUCAUUACCUGAAACGAGACGCCACCGUCGAGGAUGUGAAAAAGAAGAUCAAUACGCUGCGCACCAACUACCGCAAGGAGCUGAAAGUUGUGGAGAGUGCCAUUAGAUCCGGUAGCUUGCACACGCCGCGCUGUUGGACAUUUCAAGAAUUGGAUUUCCUGCGGAACACCGAGAAAUUUCUAGCCGUAAAUCCCACAUUUAAGAACGAGCCACAAUCCUUCGCCUUCAAUGAGAACUCAACGUCGACAACGGCGUUUCUAGCCGAUCAGGCGGGUGGUCAUUAUGCUUAUAGGGGAGUAGGGGGACAGACACCAAAUAUCAGCGAAAUGUUUCACAAAUCCUUCGGUCAUGGCCAAAAAGUUGAUGGAUUGGGUGUAACGUCGGCACCAGCAGCAACCAUGAUGCAUCAUCAGCCGCCAGGCCAUAGUGGAGAUUAUACAUUAGGCAAAAGAUCACGUCUAUCGCCACCACCAAAUGCUGGUACACCGGGUGGUGGACCAAAUGCCGGCAAUGAUGAGUUACUUAGCAUGGCCUGUGAGUAUUUAGCUGGCUCCUAUCCCGAAGAGGAAUCUAUUGCCCGCACUUGGACCCAUAAAUUGAAACGUUUACCGCGGGAGCAACGAUUAUUGGCCGAACGUUUCAUCAAUGAAAUCCUUUUUGAGGCGGAAUCCAAUAAUCUGCAUCGUGGCUCAGUGCAGAUUAACAAUAGUUUUGAGCCCUAUGUAAGAUUUCAUGAGGAGCCAGCGACCACAUCAACGUCAGGGCAGGAGGAGCAGGAUAAAUCCCAAAGUCCCAGUGUACACACAUCCACCGAGAGCAGUUCAACAAAACCAAAUGUUACAGUAAUUGGUAGCGGUGGUGGCGGGGGCAGCGGCGGUGGUAGUGGUGGUGGCUUAGGAGGAGGAGGAGGUGCCUCUAAUGGCGGCAAUAGUUUUUAA